GCUAGAAAAUCAAGAUCCAAAUCAAAACAAACCAACGAAUUCACCAUUAGUAAUGGUUAUUUCUUCUCCAAAUUUCACGCUUUCUGCAUUAAAUUAAAAUUAAUAAAUAAAGUUUACAGUGUCAGCGAAGGUCAGUCACCGGUCAGAUCGGGCAGCUCAGUCACCCUGCCCGUUGAGUUGAGCUGGGUUCCACGACAGACCAGAGCUUACCACGUUGCUCGUCGCAUUGCAGGAGUUAACUCCCAUCAGAUUUCCAGAUGACACCUGUAAUGAAGCGAGUUUACGGUAAUUGCAAGAGUGUGAUGGUGAGUGACAAAGAUGAAGAUUCGCCGGAGAAAUGUCGUGAGCGACGACGGAGGAGGAUGUCCAUGAGGAGGUCGGCCGCAGGUUCAUCUGGUUUAUCAGUUAUUGCUACGGAAGAUGAACAUCAGAAGGCACAGACGAUCACCGAGAUCCCGACGACUUCCACCCCCGCGACUGCGAUCAUGAGCUUGAUUAGCAUCAUGGAGACGCCACCGCCGCCGGUGCACGGCAUCAUGUCAGUGGUGGGUAGGCAGCGUGAAAUGGAGGACGAAGUUUCAGUUCGGACGAACUUAUGCCGGCCGGAGAUCAACGGUUUCCGGCCGGUAGAUUUCUUCGGUGUGUUUGAUGGACACGGCGGACCUCACGUAUCAGCAUUGUGUAAAGAGACGAUGCACGUUAUCAUGGAAGAGGAGUUAAUGGGGAUGAAGGUAACCGGAGACAAGCCGGAUAGUAGUGGUGGCGAAGAGCUAUGGAAGACGGCGAUUAAGCGGAGUUUCCAGCGGAUAGAUGAGAUGUCGAUGAGAUUGUGUCUGUGUGGUGGACUGAGUAGUAUCUGUAGAUGCAACCCGCAGUUGUCUUUCAUAGGAUCGACGGCGGUGGUGUCGAUUCUGACGAAGGAGUACAUAUUUGUGGCAAACUGCGGAGACUCACGCGCCGUCCUCUGCCGUAACGGCAGGGCCAUACCCCUUUCCGUCGACCAUAAGCCUGAUAGGGAAGACGAGCGAGCAAGAAUCGAAAGUUGUGGUGGACGAAUCAUGUUUACAGAUGGAGCACGAGUGGAAGGGAUCCUGGCGAUGUCCCGAGCAAUAGGAGAUAGGCUUCUGAAACAGUGGGUAACGUCUGAACCAGAAAUCACGGUGACAAGAAGAGAAGCCGGAGAUGAAUGUUUGAUAGUAGCGAGUGACGGAUUAUGGGAUGUGAUUUCAAGCGAAUUGGUUUGUAAGAUAGUUCACGAAUGUCUUGGAGAGAACCAGGAUCCUCGGAUUGCCGGAUGCAGCAGCGAGUCAGCAGCGACGUUGCUGGUACGUCUGGCUUUGGGACGUCGGAGCACUGAUAACAUCAGCGCCAUUGUUAUUGAUUUGAGGAACUGAAAUUUUCGACCUGGAUAUGAAAAGUCUUUUGUAAAUAAGGUUCAGCAAAACAGAAUCAUGCACAAAUAGACUUUAGUGGAAGGUUUCAUUUUAGGGUUUUUCACAUAAAGAUCUUAAAAGUUUUUCAAAUUUGAUUGGUUUUGUUGUUAGGAUGAUUUUUUGUUUGUUAAUGUCUAGG